UGAGCAAGGGUUGUAGCUCAGUCAACGAGACCGAGAUUGCUCUGCGUUCGUUGUUUCCGUGCACAGGACUUGAUUUACCUGAUACACCGAAAGGGGAAGUGCAGUCAGUAUCAAUGAGCUGUAAAAGUAAACUACAGCACGUUCGUCGGAGGGCGGAAGUUGUUGCACCUGUUCAACUUGUUUAGAGGACUCCUGUUGACUUAUUUUACAGCCUGAGUUAGGCCAGGAUGUGUUCAAACCAUGUACUGACUCUCACACUGCAGAAUGCGCUGUAAUCAACUUGGCUGGUGCGUUUUGGCAGAGUAAAGUGCUGAUUUCAUUUCAGCAACUGUGACUAUGGGCGGUGGAUCAUCCCGGAUUACUGGCAGACACUGCCGUUCAUUGCUCCAUGUCUAUUUCAUUUUACUUGCUUAUUUUUUAAACUCUUUUGUGGAUGCUUCUGGAAACAACACGGCUCUUGAUAUCCGGGAUACGUUGGGCAGUGGACGGCAUCAUGAUUCUAACACAUAUUACGGCGCUACGUCCUCCACACAUCAGGAGGAGCGACUCAGUGUCUUCUCCCUGGAUUACUACCAUGUACAGGUUCCAUUCGAGAUCACCCUCUGGAUACUCCUGGCUUCCCUAGCUAAAAUUGGAUUUCAUCUUUAUCAUAAACUCGCCACUUAUGUGCCAGAGAGCUGUUUGUUGAUCGUCAUUGGGCUAUUAGUGGGAGGAAUUAUCUUUGGAGCUGAAGAGCGAUCUCCUCCUGUUAUGAGCACAGAUGUAUUUUUCCUGUACUUACUGCCACCCAUAGUCCUAGAUGCAGGCUACUUUAUGCCCGGCAGGCUCUUCUUUGAAAAUAUCGGGACCAUCUUGUGGUAUGCUGUGAUUGGAACCGUAUGGAACAUAAUUGGCAUCAGCCUGUCACUAUAUGGAAUAUGUCAGGUCCAGGCUUUUCAACUGAGUGACAUCACACUCCUGCAGAUCUUAGUCUUUGGAAGUUUGAUCUCGGCUGUGGACCCUGUGGCAGUUUUAGCUGUCUUUGAAGAAAUUCAUGUAAAUGAACAACUUCAUAUCUUGGUAUUUGGGGAGUCACUGCUUAAUGAUGCUGUCACUGUGGCUCUGUACCACUCAUUCAAGUCACUCUGCCAGAUGCGCACCAUUGAAACUGUGGAUAUCUUUGCUGGCAUUGCUCAGUUUUUUGUGGUGGGCAUUGGUGGUAUUCUAGUUGGAAUUAUUUAUGGAUUUGUUGCAGCUUUCACCACUCGCUUUACAGAAAAUGUUCGCAUAAUUGAGCCGCUGUUUGUCUUCUUGUACAGCUACCUCUGCUACCUGACAGCAGAAAUGUUCCGCAUGUCUGGAAUCAUGGCUCUGAUAGCCUGUUCUAUGAGCAUGAAGCGCUAUGUGGAAGAAAACAUUUCGAUGAAAUCCAGCACCACCAUUAAGUAUUUUCUGAAGAUGUGGAGCAGCGUCAGUGAGACUCUCAUUUUCAUUUUUCUUGGUGUAUCAACGAUCACGGAAAAGCAUGAAUGGAACUGGGCCUUUGUUUGCUUCACUUUAUUAUUCUGUUUGGUUUGGCGUGCUCUAGGUGUUAUUCUUCUGACUUGGAUUAUUAACAGAUUUCGUAAACUAUUGGUUACCCGCAAGGAUCAAUUUAUCAUCGCCUAUGGAGGGCUGCGUGGGGCAAUUUGCUUUUCACUCGUAUUUCUACUCCCAUCUCAUGUCUUUCCUCGGAAGUAUUUGUUCAUUACAGCAACUAUUGUGAUUAUAUUCUUCACCGUCUUUAUUCAGGGAAUGACUAUCCGCCCAUUGGUUGAGUUCUUGGAAGUUAAAAAAUCAAAUAAAAACCAGCCAACAGUGAGCCAAGAGAUUCACAUUCGACUUUUUGACCAUGUGUUGGCUGGAGUUGAGGAUGUCUGUGGACAAUGGAGUCACUACUACUUGAGAGACAAAGCCAGGAAGUUUGAUCGCAGUUAUCUGGGAAAGCUUUUGAUUCGGGGUAAUGAACCAAAGAACAGUAUUGUUGCUCUGUAUAAGAAACUGGAAUUGAAACAGGCCAUUGAAAUGGCUGAAUCAGGUCAACUCAGCAAGGUGUCGUCAUCUGCCUCCCUGUUGGGUAAAAAACCUAACGAAGUUAGAAGUCUCUCAUCUGAAGAACUGAAGAAUAUGAAAGAAAUCCUAGCAAAAAAUCUGUAUCGGACGAGACAGAGGACGCCAUCGUACAACCGGCACAGUCUACCAAGAGAGGCCAAUGAGAAUCAGGUUAAGGAAAUCUUAAUCCGUCGACAUGGAAGCCUACGGGAGAGUAUGCGGAAAACAACCAGAGGCAGGCAGUCUGGUGCAAUAAAAGGUCGUCCAUUUUCACUGCCUCAACCUACCAGAAUUUCUUCCAGAUCCCCAAAGCGGAACAUUGCUUUCACAGUGGGAGAUGACAUCAACUCAGAAACAGAAUCUUUGCAGCUAGCAAAUCUAUCACAGUCCAGAGCAAAACCAACCCCUCAUCAUAAUCCAAACAACGUGGAGUGGACAAAUGAAGUUCAAGGAGAUGACAGGAGUCGUUGGCCUGACUCUGGUAGACAGGACAAUGGUGGAAGGCGUCAAGCACUGAUGCCAAGGGUAAGAUUUAGUCAACUAGAUCCUCAAGAUUCUGGAACUGGAAGAAGUCGGCAAGGAAUUGUGGAAAUUCCACCAGCUGGGUGGAUGGCAGAAGAUGCACAUGAAGAAGAUACUGAAAUCAAUGAUCCCUUGCUAAGAAAACCAAAGUGAUACCAACUAAUAGUUGGACCAAUAUGUUGAGAUUUUAUUCAAUGGAUUAAAUUUAUUACUUGCAUAAACUAAAGUUGGCUCUCAAAUAAUGUGUUGGUUAACCAAAUACAGAUGAAUAAGGAAUUAUUUUUUCUCUGCUUAUGAAUUCUAACAAACCUAACAACUCUCAAAUCACCUGAAUGCUUUAUUUUAAAUUGAAGCUUUGUUUUUAACAUUAAGGUAUUGGGAUAUGGAGUGACACAUGAUCUAAAUUAUUUAUUAGUACACAUUGAAUACUCAUUCGUCAUUCCUAGGUAGUUCUAUGGCUAAUUCCGGCUGAUCUGUGCCAAAGUGCAACUCUACAUUGCGAAAAAUAAUUCUCAUUUUAAGAACCUUCCUUGGAAAAAGUAAUCUGCCCCUUCAAAUCCCUUUGUUUCUAUUCAACCAACCAAUGUUAAUGCUUUGAUAGCCAAGCCAUAGCUAUCUUCAUUUCAUAUCUUCAAUGUCUUGAACCUGCUUGCAAAAUUGAGAGGAGAUUGCUCACAAUCCAAAAUGCCUUUCUUUCAAAAUGCCUAUCCAAUCGACGGUUUUUAAUUUGUUCAGAUUGUUGAAAUUAACUUCUACUUUUUGGUUUAUUUUGCAAAUGACCUACAGUGCUUUCCUACCUGCCACCACAGCCUAGCUCAUUUCCAUUGUUCUCUACCCUCCCCAUUCUCUCCUCUUUCCCACACUACCAUCAUCAAUAGCUGUAACCCUUCUCUUUCUCUAUUGAUUGCUUCCCACUUGCUUUUCCUUUUACUAUCUCCUCUCUCCCCCUCUAUUAACAAAUCCAUAACAGGCAGUUCUUUAUGACCUUGCCUGAUAUGAAUGUCCAAGUGAAUAUCAAGAUUUCUUAGUAGAAGACAUUUUUUAAUGGUAUGAUUGCAACAUUGUUUUAAGGCGAAACAAUGUAAAGGCUGAAACUGGAAAGAUCCCCCUAAUUGUUUCCUGCUCAAAUUAUGCAUGAAAUGUAAAGAAAUUGGUGAUGAAAAUAAUAUAUUUACAGAUGUUUAUUGGAAUAUUUGCUUUUAUUGACUGUAAUUGGUUCUAAUUGGAAUAUUUGAUGACUAGAUUUUAAACUUAAAACUGCUUUGUAUUGAAAACUUAGUGUCAGUGAAUAGUAAAUUGCUUUCAUUAAAUAUUAGUGUGGCUAAGGUGAGUCCACAUUUCAA